GAAGAUACGACACACAAAACAUGGCGGACAGCAGAGUGCAGAGAUUGUAUUACAAUGACCACGACAAGAAGCUGUAUAUGAGCGGUUACACGGACGGAGGAAACAGCAUCUUCCGGAUCCAGCCUACUGAGAUCCAGAAAAAACCAUGGCAGUCUUCACGGGCUGAAGCCAGUCCACCAUGAUAUUCAGCCAGGCUAUGAUAAGUACACGCAAACGUACGGGAUGCAUGGAGCACAUUCCCUCACAUUCUUGGGCCGAUACAACCCAGAACAUGGUGCAUUGGAGAGAAGCUCUUUCUUUCUGGCCAGGUUGAGCAGUGGUUCUGGAAACAGUGUAAGUACACAGAGCAUUGCUGCUGGGAAGGACGGGGUAGUCGUGGCUGCACAAACGUCUGUAGCUUCUAUAGAACAUAGAGAUUCCCUGAGUGUCAAUGGGCACAAGGUCGCUGACUAUGGUGGCAACGAUGCCGUAUUACUGGGCCUUCCUUCCGGUUUUGACCGUCGUCUAGUUUGGAAUGUCUUCACCAAGACAUCGGGGAAGGCAGGGUCGGACGAAGUAGCUGUGAACACAGUCAAUGGGAAAACGGUUGCUGUUCUGCUGGCCCACGCAGAGUCGGCCGAGUUUUACACCUUUAAUGCCAUCUCCGGCACCCAUCAUGUCUCCGGCCACUCUGGUAAUCAGUACGCCAUCAUUGUGGCGCCUAUUAACUCAUAGUGAUAUGACGAUAUGAUCUGUUCUUUAUCUGUUUAAAUCUGUUAAAAGAAAAUAUGCUU